AUGCGACAUUGUGAGAUUUUGGAACUUGUUACAAUUAACCCCGGUCGACAUCUCAUUCAUAGUGGCCCAUUAUUCAAAAUGAAACGUGGACAUGUUUCCAUGAGACAGCAUCAGGAAAAUAUCGAUCCAAGCCAUACAUCACCAUAUGUUAUCCAUCCAUGUUAUGGCCUUCUCUUUAACGAUUAUUUCAUAAUUACCAAGUCCGCCAGUAUUCAUACAGCAAACCUUCACGAUCUCGAUCAAGUUUUCAAAUUAUAUCAAACUCUGCCGAGAACCAGUAAUGAGGAUGAUGAUGGAGAUAAAAGCGGCGACAAUAUUCAACAAUCCUUCGUACCAUUCUUACAAAUCAGUGAUUCAGAAGAAUAUGAUUUGCACGACUCAUUUUCUAUCAAAUACAAUCUCGGAACAGUAACUUUUAUGUGUAAAAAUGCUCUAAGCAAAAACCAAUGGCUUGAAAUGUUUGCUAGUGUUCUCUAUCCACAAGAACGGCGCAAUCGUCAAUAUGUUCAACAGCCAUUCAAAGAAGAGUUCUACUCGGAAGAAUGGAUAACUGAUAGUGAAGAGAAUCUCAUCAAUUUAUUGGCCGAACGAAAUUUUAAUGAGGCUCUAGCUUUGAUUUUACGUGCACGAAAAUACACUCAAGAUUUUAUUGCCAAACAUUCUCAACAAACUAUGACAUUUGUUGUUGAUUACAUCAAAAUUGUACGAAACAAAGAACAGACGUUGUGUCAGUUGAUUGAAAAAGAAAUUCAGAAUGUUUGUGAACGAGUACGUUCGAUCAAACUACUGAAAAAUUAUUUUCAUCAUGUUCAAAUACUUGAACAACUCAGCUAUGUGCCCAAAGCUUGGUAA